AUGGCAACAGUGGUCUGUGGUGUUUUUUUCUUCUCAACCAAGCUGGCAGAAGGCCCCCAGUACCGAGAGCAUCACCUCCGCGAAUUCAUGACGUUACUGAAUGGAUGCUAUGAAGCUAGUAAAAUGGGCUUUUUCAACAUGUCUAUAUUUCUUCUUUUAGCAGCGCAAGAUUCUUUUCGACUUGCUUUGACAGGUUGGGGCUUGACCAUCGCCGUCACAGUAUUCUACAUCACUAUGCUUUACUUGGCCAGCGAUGAAUUGAUGUGA